UUCAGCUCCUGUCUUUGCACAACGCCAAACGAAGACGUUUUGGAUCUGAAGAAGUUACCAGACGAUUUUCAUGCUUUACUCAGCAAACUGCGACACGAUUUCGGCAGAGCUGCUCGUUGUGAACAUAAGCAUUCUUGUGCUAGUGCAGCUACUGAGAGUUUCAUCAGGAACUUCUCGAUUGGGGCAGCUGUUAGUGCGCUUCUGACUUUGUUGAAGAAUCUUAGGAAGAUAGCCUCAAAUCCACCAGUGAUGCUAAAACUGUUUCUAUCUCAUGAUAACUUGCGGAUACCGGUCUUCUUUGGACUUUUGCCUUUCAUGUUUCAUGUAACAAGGUGUUCCCUGAAUAGGACAGCUCUUUGUAGCUCGGGGUUGAGUAGCGUUGCUGCUGGUAUUGUUUCCGGUGCUUCAAUGAUUGCUUAUCCUAGUGCCACUAUAGCUAUGUAUACAUUGUGGAAAGGAAUCGAAGCUGUCUACAAUACUUUGGAAGAACGUGGUAUCGUGCCCUCUAUUCCAUAUGGUGAUGUCAUUUUGUACACCUUUUCGACUGGUUAUGUUCUUUGGCAAACAGUAAUCGAGCCACAAGCGAUCCGCAAGGGAUACUUGAAUUUUCUCGAUGGAAUUACCGGAAACAGGAUCGGGAUGUUCAAUCGAGAUUUAUACGAACAUUUCGGAUUCCAAUCAAAGCUGCUCUAUCCAAAUGCUCAGCCUGUGCUCAAUCCGAAGUAUGUCACUAUAAAUCCGAUGCUCUAUCAAAAAAUUAUGCCAUGUUGA